CGACCGCGCACAGCGCGCGCGCUUAAAAUAGACCCGGGGAGAUUGACGUUAAUUGAAAAUAAGAAAAACGCAAGAAGAGCCGAGCGCCGUUCACGCGGCUCGACGGGGAAAAAAGGGGGCAUGUUGGACGGUGGGAACGAUGAGAUGUGAGAUUAUUACAGUGCUAGCUCGGAUGCGAUACCGGCUGAGCGAAUCGGCAGGUUUGUGCUGAAAGGAUCUGCAUGCUGGAAAAAUGAACAGUUUCACCUGCUGAAAUCAUCAACCGAUAUGGAGCACUUGGUGGUGCACACCUGGCUGCGGAGAUGCCCACUGGAUCUGCCUGAGUGUGUGGCGCGUGUUUGUAUUUGAGCGCUAGAGUGUGAUUUUGUCAAAGCAGAGAGCGCCAUUGAGUUACAGACAGAGAUUUAUCAGUGUGAAUGUGUGUGCUGUUAAGAGGGACCAUGUGGCACGCACAGUCAGCAACUUACCUGCCGCUUACCCACCUGCUCCGCCGACCUCUCAACUUUGCACUGUGCUGGCUUCUUGUUUGGUUGAUGUGGUCAGUCUCCAUGGCAACAGCACUGACCUACCAGCCCACAGUGAACACAGCACUUGGCAGACUAAGGGGUAUGCGGGUGGCUGUGGCUACGGAGGGUCUGGGCCCUGUGGAUCAGUACCUGGGUGUGCCUUACGCUACCCCACCUGUAGGAGAGAAGCGCUUUAUGCCGCCCGACGCUCCAUCGGCCUGGUCCGGCGUACGGAACGCCACCCGCUUCCCUCCCGUCUGCCCGCAGACCGUUCGCAACGCAGUGCCCGACAUCAUGAUGCCUGUCUGGGCCACCUACAACCUUGACACGGUUGCUACGUACCUGCAGGAGCAGAGUGAGGACUGCCUGUACCUUAAUAUAUACGUACCCACACAAAGCAGUACAAAGAGAACGGGUGACAUGUCAGCUGACACAGAGCGCUCAGAGGAUGAUGGGCUAAGGGAUUCUCGAGAUGACCCACGUCCUGUGAUGCUGUUUAUUCAUGGUGGCUCGUACAUGGAGGGCACGGGUAACAUUAUGGACGGUAGUGUGCUGGCCAGCUAUGGCAAUGUCAUCGUCAUAACCCUCAACUACAGGGUGGGGAUAUUAGGGUUUUUAAGCACAGGUGACCAGGCCGCUAAAGGGAAUUAUGGUCUCUUGGAUCAGAUUCAAGCUCUCCGCUGGAUCAACAAAAAUAUUGGAUAUUUCGGUGGUGAUCCGGGCCGCGUGACCGUGUUUGGCUCAGGAAUCGGAGCAUCCUGCGUCAGUUUGCUCACUCUUUCACACCAUUCUGAAGGUUUGUUUCACCGAGCCAUCAUUCAGAGUGGCUCAGCACUGUCCAGUUGGUCAGUGAACUAUCAGCCUGUGAAAUACACACGUCUCCUCGCGGAGCGCGUUGGCUGUAAUGUCCUUGACACACAAGAUCUGGUCCUCUGCAUGCAGAAGCGUAGCUACAGGGAGCUGGUGGAGCAGGAAAUUCAGCCAGCACGCUUCCAUGUGGCCUUUGGCCCUGUUAUUGACGGUGACCUCAUCCCAGAUGACCCUGAAGUGCUCAUGGAGCAGGGCGAGUUCCUUAACUAUGACAUCAUGUUGGGCGUGAACCAGGGGGAGGGAUUUCGAUUUGUAGAGGGCGUGGUGGAACCAGAAGAAGGCGGAGUUUCUGGCUCGGAUUUCGACUUCACGGUAUCCGAUUUUGUAGACGGUCUCUACGGUUAUCCAGAAGGGAAGGACACUCUCAGAGAAACCAUAAAGUUCAUGUACACAGACUGGGCCGAUCGAGACAAUCCCGAAACCCGUCGUAAAACCCUCGUGGCCAUGUUUACGGAUCACCAGUGGGUGGAACCAGCUGUGGUGACGGCUGACCUGCAUGCACGUUACGGUUCUCCGACCUUCUUCUAUGCAUUCUAUCAUCACUGCCAGAGUCCCAUGAAGCCUCCAUGGGCGGACUCCGCACACGGCGAUGAGCUGCCCUAUGUGUUUGGCAUUCCGCUUAUUGGUCCGACGGAACUCUUCCCCUGCAACUUCUCCCGCAAUGAUAUCAUGCUGAGUGCCGUCGUCAUGACCUACUGGACCAACUUUGCAAAGACCGGGGAUCCGAACAAGCCAGUUCCUCAGGACACUAAGUUCAUCCACACCAAGGCAAACCGUUUUGAAGAAGUGACAUGGGCCAAGUACAGUCCUCAUGAUCAGCUAUAUCUGCAUAUUGGGCUGAAGCCUCGUGUUCGGGAUCAUUAUCGAGCUACUAAAGUGGCCUUCUGGAAGCAUCUGGUACCUCACCUGUACAACCUGCAUGACAUGUUCCACUACACUUCCACCACCACACGGGUCCCACCUCUUCUGACUACACACAGUUCCCACAGUGCCACACCUCGCCCGGGGGGCAACAAGGCUCGUACCCCUGGUAAACAGCCCCCCCAGUCCACAGCACGCAGUGGGCCGCUGGUCAUCGCAAAUCCACGCGAUUACUCCACAGAGCUGAGUGUCACGAUCGCCGUUGGAGCUUCGCUUCUCUUUCUCAACGUCCUGGCCUUCGCUGCGCUCUACUACCGCAAGGACAAACGGAGCCGUCAGGACACGCCCCCUCAGACCGGCCCCCAGCGCCAGACCCCGCCCAAUGACCUCAGCUACACGCCCACCUCCAUCUCAGGGGGUAACCAAGAGGAGGGGUCUCUUUGCGAUCCUCUCCGUCUGACCCCGGCAUCAUCUCCGCGGGAUUACGCCCUCACACUCCGCCGCUCGCCGGAUGACAUCCCGCUCAUGACGCCCAGUUCUGUCGCAAUGACACCGAAUAGCGGCUCUAUGACACCCAACACGGUCACCUUGACGCCCAAUAGUGUUACAAUGACGCCCAACACCAUUACCAUGUCGCCCAAUUCUUUGAUGGGGUAUCCCAGCAUGCACCCUUACAACACUUUCACACACGGAUACAACUCCACCAGCCUGCCUCACCCACACUCCACAACACGCGUAUAACAAGCAACAGAAAAUCCAUACGCCGACACGCAACACUCGCAUCCCACGAAUCCUUAUUACUGUAAACCAGAUCAAACCGGUGCGAACUGUUCACCAGUAUUCAAAAGUAUAAUAGCAGGUGAACCCAAUACAUAACAUGAGCACAAUCACCUAGAAUGAAUCAGUGCGGCCCAUCAGUAUAAACCAGAAGGAAGUGUCACCGCAGCACUCUAACAUAAACAGUUCGGCUCAGUAUGAACGCACUGCUUCAUACACGUCUGACUUUUGUCAGCUUUCAUGGUAUACGAGCAGGAAUCUUCUCUGUGGAAUAAGAUGGGAAAAGGAGCAGUUGUAGUACCGCUGCCGCUUCUAGGUGGUGCAGCAAGACUCUUAAAAACCCCGCAGGUGGCUUGAUCCGCAAGAACAGUAGGGGGCGCUGGAGUCCCAUCAGUGGUUCACCAUUACGAACCAACCAAGCACUUAUUCUAAGAUAUGUAAUAAUAAUAACCUGUAAUAACAAACAUAUUAAUGGCUAUUGUACAGUAUAACAUAUAUUAACGUCAAUGUACAGACAGCUUUUUUGAAUGUGUCAGAAAAAAAUUAUUUCUAAUCGUUUUUAAACUCAGAUUAUAUCCAUAGCAAGGAAGGUCAUUUGAAGCCCGAUUGAUUUUGAAUCCUAAACUUUUUUCUUUCUUUCUUUAUAAUCGCAAAAAAAGUACUAUUUUAUACCACAUCUCUCUAUCUUUCUCUCUCUCUCUUUCCCCCCCUUUUCUCUCUAUGAACGGGUGCAUUGUGCAUUUUACUUUUGGUAUAAUCUAUUCAUUUAGUUGUAGAUUACGCAAAUGUAUUUUAAAGAGCAGAAUGCGUGCGACGAUUAUUCAUGAGCGCGAGAGAGCGGAUGUGUACAAUUUUCAAGUUAAGCAUCUUUAAAUAAUUUGUGUCUUGCUAAAUGUUAUCAUUUUGUGAAAAUGCUUUUCGAUCAUUUGAAAUCUGUAUUGUAUCUGAGUUUGUUCGAUAUGUUUUGUGAAGAUGUUCGAAUUCAAUUUGAAAGCAUUGCAUUUCCUUUUCUGUAUUUAUCAGUGAUAGGACAUCACUCGCGUCGUGAUAGGACAUACAGGCUUUGCUGAGAACUUACGAUGUUAAUCUUUUCUAUAAAACAUGAAUGUGGUGAUUUGUACUGAACACAACAGGGCUUCUCUGAUGAAGGUCGUUCUGAAAUAUCGUGUUUACUAUGGAGCUGCACAGAGUUUGCACAGGGGGUACGGUCGUGUAAUCAUGGUGUCAUCUCCCGCCAGAUGGUUAGAUUCUCCAUGUUACCCAUGCUAACCACCCCUGCCAUGGUUUUUGUGCCAAAUUUGCGAUACAGUUUCCUUGGUAACCAGCAGAAAGUUUGUCUGUUAGUUAACGUGUUUGUGUGAAAGUUCAACAGCUUUAUAAAAAAGAAUUUGCAGUAUUUACAGCCAUUUGAGUUCAUCUGGACUUUGAAGAGGAAACACGAUGGAUGGUAAAGCAGAAGCGCGUCUCUGCUGGAUGAGGGUGACCUGUGUUAGUGCUGAGGUCUGUCAGUACAGCGGCCUGCAGAAGUCUGUUCUUUUAUACUCUGUACAUUUCUGCCUCAAAUUUGCAGUAAAUAUUGAGUUUGCCUAAAAGUCCUGCUUCUCGUUUAUCAAGAUUGAUUUGGAGUCUGCAGACUUAAGUUUCUGACACGAUCUCGUGAGAAACGCGUGUUGCAUUCAAGGUACAUUGUGUCAGUUUGUGUGUUUCCUGGCAGCUGAACCUGAGAAAAUCUUAGAGCUACGGGACAAAUUUAAAUAGGUCUAUAACAAAAUAUUUGUAUAGGGAUAUUUCACACAAAAUUAAAAAUCUAUUAGCCUAUAUUCUUACCCUUGGGCUUCUUUUUUCCCCCAUUCAACUGUGUGCUAGUCCAGGUUUGACUGCACUUUUGAAAUAAAAAUUUUUUUAGUCCUGAAAAAUGUCAAAAUCAAAAGCAUUUCAGUGUUCCUCACUAUUUGAAAUGCUCAUGCAUCUGCCAAAUGUUUUGCUUUAAAUCUUAUGAUAUCAACAGGUUUGUGUGAGAGUUUGCUUUAGAGUUGCAGUUGAGGCAACCUUUAUAAAAAACCUGUGAGAUUUCUUCACUAACACAACAAAGGCAAUGAGUAAAUUACAUGUACUAAAAUUGCACUGCAAAAAAUAUUUUUUAUCUUAGUAUUUUGUCUUUUUUUCAGUGAUAAACAAUAUCUAAACAUUCUUAAAUCGAGAUAUUUAAGAAGCAAAAUGAUUUAAGAGCCUUGUUUUUAGAAAAAAAAAAACUAAUAUUAUAAUUAAACGACUUUAUGCUUAAAACAACAAGUAUCCAGUGGGAUAAGAAAAAUAGAACUUGUUUAUUUGGAAAACAAGACUUAAUAUCUAAGUAAAUUUGCUUCUCAAGUGUGUAUCAUGAUUUAAGAAUGUGUUGAUGUUUAUAUUGGAAAAGAAGACAAAAAUGAGUAGGAUUUUUUUUUUUUUUUCGGAGCUCACACAAAUUAUUUAGAUUUAUUUCAAACCACACAUUAGCACUAUUGUGUUCAUCACUGUAAUAGUAUUGUGUACGUGUGUAAGAGAGUGAGAGAAUUUGUGUGUAUUGUGUGUGUGUUACAGAAAGAGUGAAUUGUCUGUGUGUUCCUAUUUCUGACACAACUGUAGUAUUGUAUUGAAUGUCCCAAUCUGACUCUAAAGGUCACAGCUCACUCACUGUGCUUCACAAUCUGUGUGUGUGCGUGUGUACUUGUAGUACUAUCUUUGUGAGAACCCGUUUGAGGUUUAGCCAUUGGAGGGUAUAUGUAGGGUAAUGUGAGGGGAUUUGGGCCAGUUCUUACUUUGACACCUCUUUAAAGGGCUGUUUGAGGGUUAAGACUUGGUUUUAGGGUCAAGGUUAUAAUUAAGUUAACGAUAGGGUUAGGAUUAGGCACUUAGUUGUGAUAGUUAAGGUUAAGGCAAAGGGCUAAAGAUAGCAUUGUGUCAAUGAAUUGUUUAUGCUACAUUGUGGGGACCAAAUGUCCCCACAAGGAUAGUAAAACCUGAAAUUUUUGACAUUUUGGCCGGUCCCCACGAUGGAAAUAAAUUAUUAAAAAUAGUAAAUGAUGUUUAUCUGAAAGUGUAACAAUGCAAGCAGGUUUUCUGUAAAGGUUAGGGUUGGGUUAGGGGAUAAAAAAUAUUGUUUGGUCAGUAUAAAAGUAAUAGAAGUCUAUGGAAAGGCCCACAAUUCACAGAAACAAAUGUGUGUGUGUGUGUGUGUGUGUGUGUGUGUGUGUACCAGCUUAAUCAUGGUUUGGGAACAAAUUUGUACCCAGGAGUGAGCUACAGCAAAUCUGACAAAAACCUCAUUUGUAAAAAUUGUAUUAAAAUAAAAACAAAAACAUUUCAUUCUAAAAAUGCAGGCUGUUUUCUGUUAGACUUGUAUUAUUUAUAAUAUUAAUAAAUACUGCAAGUCUAACAGUUGUAGUAUUUAUAACAUGCUGUAUGCAGAAACACUAUUUGAAGUCAAUGGAGUGUCCCCAUUUGUAUAGCUAAGCAAACAUGUAUAUAUCUCAGUAUGGUUAUGUAGAAAAACUCAACCCAGAAGUAAGUGCUACUAGCAUUUGUGCACAAACAUUCUGGCCAAUGUGCUCAUCUUUAUAAUGCAUGUGCAUGUGAACAUUUAGGGUUCAUUGCACUGAAACACACAAACACACUUACUCUUUAUUUAUCAUGGCAGUGAAAGAGAGGCGCUGCGUCUUUAAGAUCUGCCCCUGUGUGUGUGUUUGUGAGAGAGAGCAGAGGGGUUUGUUUAUUGUUCCAGGGACAAAAGCGUGAGUGAGAAUCAUAAAAGCAUCGAGGGAGAUUAAACUACACGGCACAUCAGAGAGACAGAGCGCGAUACGCACACACAUACUCACAUGGCUGGCUCCGGUUUUGAUUGGCUAAGACAGUUGCUACGACGCCUCAGAGGUGUGGAUGAGAAGACCAGUAACCUCAGGAGACUCCAGGAGGUCACAUCAGGUCUUUAGGUUGCUAUGACUGCUGCAUCCGCUGCCUGGGCGCCGUGCCCUACACCAGCCUGCUGGCCACCCUGCUCUGCUACACCGGUGUGGCGCUCUUCUGCGGGGGAGGGCAUGAGGCACUCACUCACACACGCACAUUCGUAGAGCUCUACUUCGCAAGGGACGUCCAG